UACGGCGGCACUAAUUUCAAGGGUUUAUAUAAGUCGAUAGACUUCCGAUCCUUACAACUGAAGACUAGAGAUAUUGAACAUCUGAAGUUGCUCCUGAAGUUCGUGGUUGAUUUGUAGGUUGCGUGUUUUGUGUCAUCAUGGAACAAUGUGUAGCUGAUUGUCUUAACAGUGAUGACUGUGUGAUGAUUGUAUGGUCGGGCGAAGUUCAAGAGGACGUUAUGCGUGGUCUACAAGUGGCUGUUUCUACAUAUGUUAAGAAGCUGCAGUUCGAAAAUCUGGAGAAAUUCAUGGACAUUUCAACUGUAGAUAGUCAGUUUCACGAUUGUUCUGUCAUACUAUGUGGUUGGCCUAACUCGAUAGGCGUAAACAUACUCAAACUUGGCUUGCUAUCAAACCUUUUAUCCUGUUUGCGACCUGGUGGGCGAUUUUUCGGUCGUGACCUAAUUACGGGUGACUGGGAUUCUUUGAAAAAGAACCUAACUCUUUCUGGGUACAUAAAUCCUUACCAGUUGUCAUGUGAAAACCACUUAAUAUUCAGUGCCUCUGUUCCGUCCAAUUAUACGCAGGGUUCUAGUGUCAAACUUCCAUGGGCUAACAGUGAUGUCGAGGCGGCUUGGGAAAAUGUUGAUAAUACAUCUGACGCCAAUGGAAAUAUUAUAAAUACAAAUGCACUUUUGCAAAAAUCAGAUUUGAAAACUCCUUUGGCUGUCUGUGGCAAAGACCCUGUUACUGAUUCAGAUGGAAAAAAGAAACGGGCUUGUAAAAACUGUACAUGUGGCUUGGCUGAAAUUGAAGCAGCGGAAGAAGUUAAAUCUGACGUCCCAAUAUCGUCCUGUGGAAAUUGUUAUCUCGGGGAUGCUUUCCGAUGUUCUACAUGCCCUUACCGUGGGCUUCCACCAUUUAAGCCUGGCGAAAGAAUUCUAAUACCGGAUGAUGUUUUGAAAGCUGAUUUGUGACAGACGUACAUACACUUUGCAGACUAGUCUAUUGUGAAUCUCCAUAUGUCCUUACUGUUAUAACAAACCAUACUUCUUGACUUUCUCGAUGAAUUUUGUUAUAUUUAUCGUCUUCACCAAACAUUUCAAAUAGUAUAACUUCUUACUUGG